UUCAACAGUCGUUUCGGUUUCCAAUCCGUAUCUUAUUGGAAGUAUAGUGUCUAUCAAACAAGAAUUUGAAAAAAACGGGACUUGUACAACUCCUCUGCAAUUCGAAUCCGAAGAGAGAAGGGCUCUUUCUUAUCUUUUUUUCCUUCUCGAUCGCAUUAUAAGGGCUGAGAAAUCGAGCUCUGUUUUUGGUAUUACUAGAGAGAAACCUAAUCCUGCAACUUCCACCACCGAAUCAAAUCUUUCUCUUUCUCUUCCUCUCUCCUUACCUCACCAUCUCUGUGUGUGUCUGCUAUUAAGCAAUUGCGCCGUGAAGACGUGGAGACGCUUUAGCUUAGCCCUAGAGAAGAACAUUUUAGAAGAAUGAAGAAAGGUGAUGAAGCUACUUGGUCUGAACUUCCGGAGGAAUUCCUUGAGAUUAUUGCAAGGAGGCUUACUUGUUUAUUUGAUUAUGUCCAAUUUGGUGCAGUAUGCCAGUCAUGGCACUCCACUAUGGUGAACAUGCACCAGCAUUUAACUUUCUGGGAUCCAUGGUUGAUGCUUCCUGAGAAAGAAGACAAAAGCAUGAUCCGUUCCUUCUACAUUUUAUCUAAGAGAAACAUUUUUGAGUUAAAACUCCCUGAAGCUCAUGCAAAGCGUUGCAUCGGAUCUUCUAAAGGUUGGCUAGUAAUGGUAGAUGUAAGCUUAUCGAUCCAAUUGUUGAAUCCAUAUACCAGAGUCCAAGUUCAGCUUCCGCAUCAAAUGACAUUCCAAGAUCAAAACAAUUUCGCACAAGGUUACACAUCAGAAGAAUUACGUGACUUCUUCAUUUUAAAGGUUGUGUUAUCAUCCAGCCCUUCAAAUCCUGAUUACAUAUCUAUAGCCAUCUACUCUGACUGGGGGAAAUUAGCGAUUGCUAGAUCUGGAGAUGAAGUUUGGACCACGAUACCAAGUGAAUGGUUUGCAUUUACUGAUGUCAUAUACUAUAAGGAACAGUUUUAUGCCAUAAAUUGGAAUGGUGAGGUUGUCUCUUGUGAUGUUGGUGCUCAUCCAAAGACUACACUUAUCACAACUCCUGCGAGAGAAAGUUACGGGCAGAAGUACUUGGUUGAAUGUUCAGGUGAGCUAUUACAGGUUAUAAGAGAAGUAAUAUUUGAAGAUGCUCCUCAUAAAACAAUAUGGUUCAGUGUUUUCAAGCUAGACUUCUACAAGAAGUUGUGGGUUGAGAUAAAAAGUCUGGGUGACCAUUCAUUGUUUUUAGGUUACAAUAAUUCUUUCUCAUUUUGUUGUAACGACUCUUCAGCGACAGGGGUCAAGAGAGAUUGUAUUUAUUUCACAGAUGAUUAUCUUAAAGCACAUCAAGGGCAUCACAAUGAGUGGGCUGGUAGCGAUAUGGGAGUCUUUCACUUGGAAGAUGGACGCAUUGAGCCUCAUUACUCUGGCUAUGCUUGUCAUCCUUUCUCACUACCCAUUUGGUAUACUCCAAACAAAGGAUAGAUAACCUAACAUAAAAGAGACUGAAGUUAUUUUGUUGAGUGAAUGGAUUUUAACAUCUCCUUAGUGAUCUUUAGCAUAUUCUUAUUUAUUAAGUUAAUUUUCUUCUUUUGUCGUCUUUUUUUUUUUUUACUUUUAUUUUGACUACUGUCAAUUGUAAUUCUUAUCUUCUAUUUACAAUGGGCAUGUAAGUUUAGAGAUAAACUAUUAUCAUUGAAACAAACUUUUUUUUGUGUGCUA